UUCGUCGCGGUUCCAUUGAAGGGACCUGCGGGUGUGGUAGGAAUUUACGAUGUGGACACACCAUGUAAAAUUCCUGACGGAGUCAUGGACGGAAUUUUCAACAAAGCUGUGGUGACAGAUUUACACUGGAAUCCUUUUGACGAUGAAGAGUUGGCAGUCGGUUUGGACAUAGGUUCAAUAAACUUUUGGCGGCUCACCACCUCUGACGGACCCAGAAAUGAAAUGGAACCUGAGAAAGUCAUGAACUUGGGAGGCGAAAAGGUGAUUUGCUUCCAAUGGCAUCCUCUUGCUUCUGAUUUGAUGGCCAUCGCUUUGUCAGAUUCAUCUAUUGAGAUCUGGGAGUGUAAAACUAUGACGAAAAGAGCACGAAUAGUAUCACAUUCCGCUCAUGUGUUGGCACUGGCAUGGAGUUCUGGUGGUCAUCGGCUCGUCUCUAUCGGAAAGGAUCUCAUGUUGAAUGUACACCAGCCGCAGCUUGGCAGCGACUGCCUCAUAGCUCAGAAGAAGGUGCUUGACCGCGGACAUGCGGCUCGCGUCCUCUACGCCUGCGACGAUCGACUGAUAGUCGUUAUAAGUAUGACGAGGAGUUCAGGACGACAGGUAUGUGGAAAGUUAUUUAAAGUCCCGCAUAGUAAUUAG